GACGUGGACGGUCCGAUGCCGGUGGACCGAAGAGGAUGGCCUACACUUCGUGCACUUGCCAACCUUUUGAAUUGUCAUCGUCUCAGCGUCAAUUCUCUGCAACACCUGAAAAUGCCCAAAUCAAACCCUAAUUUCCCGUACGUUUCCUCCAGCAAUCCUUCUGGCAACUUGUUCAUGGACUCAAACCAACUCGUCGACUCACUCACCGCUCAUAUCUCUCUCUAUCACAACCGCUCCCCAAGCUCUAGCCCGAACCCUAACCCUAACCCUAGAUCUUCUAUUCUUAAAUGGUUCUCAUCUCUCACCGUCCAGCAGCGCCAGUCUUACAUUUCAGCGGUAGAUUCCAACUUCGUCCAGAUUCUCCUCCAAAUGCAAUUUAAACUCUAUACCCAUGGUCAUGGCUUCUUCAUUAUCCUCCCUGACCUCCCCUCACGUGAUCGCCCACACCUUCCCAGCCUCUGCUUUCGGAAGUCACGUGGUCUGCUGGCCCGAGUCAGCGAGUCAAACGACUUGGAACGAUUGAUUAACGACUCGGUUAGGUUGUUCGGGUCCAAGGAAGGUGAGCGAGUGGAAGAUUGUUCGUGUUCGGCGAGUUUUCUCGAUUCAGUCACUGUUUGUGAGGAAUUUGUGUCAAAUGUGGAUCGGUUUGUCGCGGCAAUGGAUAGUGUUUCGAAUGGGGGGUUUUUGAGGGGUGAAGAAAGCGGGCUGGGCUCAGAUUGGGUUGAAUUAGAGUGGUUGAAGGCGAAAGGCUAUUAUAGUAUUGAAUCGUUUGUUGCAAACCGGUUGGAGGUGGCGUUGAGGUUGGCAUGGUUUAACUGUGGGAAUAAUGGGAAGAAAAGAGGAGUUAAGUUGAAAGAGAAGGUUAAUGUCGCUGGAAUUGCGGCAAAUGUUUUUUGGAGGAAGAAAGGCUGUAUAGAUUGGUGGCAAAAUUUGGAUUGUGCAAUGAGGAGGAAGAUGAUCAUUGUGGUUUUGGGAAAGGCAGCAAAAUCUCUGACUGAUGAGAUUCUGAAAGGGGCAUAUAGUGCCUUGGAGGAUGAGAAGUGGCUCUUUAAUGCUGGAGGGGGACAACCAGUGAAAUACAAAUAUACUGCAUCAUCUCAAAGGACGGACCAGGCACUCUCUGAUGAUGCAGAAGCUGGCUCAAUUAUGAUCCCAUCUUCUGUCUCUGGAAAACCCAAGCCCUUUUUUAAUUUCUCUAAUGGUUUAUUUGUGGUUCAGGAUAUUUUGAACAUUAUAUUGACAUGUCAACAUAGUGAAUACGACAGAGACAAAAUAUUUUUUAGCACAUUGGGUUCUAUCAGUACCAUUUCAGAUUGUAUAUUUCGGAAACUUCGAGGACUACUUAUGGUUGUUUGGCUUGAUUUCACAAAACUUGAACUGCUAGGAGAAGGAAAUUUGAAGUCCCCGCCAAAUAAAUCCAAAGAAAAGCUUGGUACAGGUGGGCGUAAAAAAAGGGGUAGGACCCGGAAUAUGAAGAAGUUAAAUCCUGUUCCUAGGUCAUGUGGAGAUGAUUCCAAAAGUCUCAAACCUCUCAAGGAUCAUGGAUGUGGAUUGGCCUAUGCCAAGUGUGUGGAUUUUGUGGAGUCCAAUAGGAUGGCUGGUGAACUUCAGCAAAGUGAUCUUCACAUGGAGGCAUCCUCUUCAGUGGUUGAGAUGGAAAAUGACAUGUUUUCGGGAAAAGUUCAAAAUGCCGCAAGGAAGUCUAGAAAAGAAAGAAAUAAAAAUAGAAUUUACAGCUUAAAAGAUCCAGUUGAAGUAAGAGAUCUUGAAACAAUAACCACAGAACCUUCUGCUCCGUCUGUUAUAUCCCAGAGUGAGCCUUCAAAGUCUACCUGGAAAUCUGAUAGUUCAGUCUCUGAGAAUGUGCCAAAUGAUGCUUCAAUUGGUUGUGACAAGUUCAUUUCAAGUCCUUGUAAUCCUACUAAUGGGCCUUCAAGGGCAGAAACUACUGCUCAAAGCAUUCGAGAAGAUCCUGUUGUCAGUUCCAUUGAAGUUGAUGGUGCUUUCAGCGGUGAAGACAUUAAAUUUCAGAACUCCGAACAUUUGAGUGAAACUGAUACAAAGUGUGUUUCUGACAAACCAAUCAAAGCUACUGAGUUGGAAGAGGAAAUUGUCCAAAAUCGGGAGCAAGAAAGGGGGAAGUUUUGUAAUACUGGAUCCACAAGUUCUUCAGAAUGCCCUUCGUAUGAGUGGCCUACUGUUGCUCCCAUUCAUUUUACAUCUAUCAAUUCACAACAUCUCCCAGCUGCCACUGAUAGAUUGCAUCUGGAUGUUGGUCGUAACUGGCAUAAUCAUUUCCAUCAAUCCUUUGUACCCUCAAUACACCAGACCAGAAAUCCUCCAUUGGAUGCUGGGUGCAGCCAGAUUUUAUCUCGACCUUUGCCAAUGAGUUUAGAUUGGCCCCCAAUGGUACGAAGUAUCAGUAGAUUGGCCCCAUCAAUGACAUGUAAUUAUGAUCCUGGAUUUAUCUCAAGGAUGCAGUCUUCUUUUCGGCAGGGGUUCCCUGCUCACAAUGUGCAGGUCAAUACAGCCACCUCUGAAGAUGAAAGAAAGUAUUCAGGGGAUUUAAUGGAUCUGUCUGAUUUAACAAAUGUGCAAGAGUUAGCAGAUGAAUGUGACAGCCACUGGAUAUCAGAGGAAGAAUUUGAGUUGCAUGCAGUUUCUGGAUUAGAUUAUAGUCAGUACUUUGGUGGCGGUGUGAUGUAUUGGAAUUCUUCUGAUCAUCCAGGGUCAGGUUUCUCUCGUCCUCCAUCCCUUAGUUCUGAUGAUAGCUCAUGGGCUUGGCACGAAGCAGACAUGAAUAGGGCUGUUGAUGACAUGGUUGCCUUCUCUUCAUCUUACAGUACAAAUGGCUUGGCUUCGCCUACUGCUGCUUCUUUUUGUUCUCCGUUUGAUCCUUUGGGGGCAGGCCACCAGCCUCUUGGUUAUGUCAUAUCAGGAAAUGAAGGACCUGGUAAAGUGCUGCAUUCUUCUUCAGCAUCAGCAGAUGCAAUGCCAGAGGAGAAAGUUUCUGGAUCUUUGGCAAAUUUACCUGUUGAUGUUGAAGGGAAAACAGGAGAUCCACUUCCUUACUCCCUUUUGCCACCAAUUAUCAUUCCCAAUAUGUCAAGGGAAAGGUCAAGAUCUGAAUUUAAGCGUAAUUUUGAUCGUAAAAGCCCAUGUGUUCCUCCUGCGAGGCGGGAGCAACCUCGCAUUAAGCGGCCACCAUCACCUGUAGUGCUUUGUGUUCCACGGGCUCCUCGUCCACCUCCACCCUCUCCUGUAAGCGAUUCCAGAAAGAACAGGGGCUUUCCAACUGUUAGAUCUGGUAGUUCUAGCCCAAGGCACUGGGGUAUGCGGGGUUGGUAUCAUGAUGGAAGUAACCUUGAGGAAGCUUGUGUAUGCAUAGAUGGUGCUGAAGUUGUUUGGCCUUCUUGGAGGAAUAAAAAUCUUUCAACUCGUCCGAUGAUUCAACCUCUACCUGGAGCGUUACUGCAGGAUCGCCUGAUUGCUAUCUCCCAGUUGGCUCGUGAUCAGGAACAUCCAGAUGUUGCAUUUCCUUUGCAACCACCUGAUUUAUUGAGCUGUUCCAUGAGAAAGACAGCCCUCUCUAUGAUGCACAGCCUCCUACAUGAGGAAAUUGAUUCUUUCUGGAAAAAGGUUGCUGCAGAGAAUAUGAUUAGGAAGCCUUACAUUAAUUGGGCUGUCAAGCGUGUUACACGAUCUCUCCAAGUCCUAUGGCCUCGGUCCAGGACAAAUAUCUUUGGUUCAAAUGCAACUGGUUUAUCUCUUCCAACAAGUGAUGUAGACCUUGUAAUUUGCCUUCCUCCAGUGAGGAACUUGGAGCCUAUUAAAGAAGCUGGGAUUUUAGAGGGUCGAAACGGUAUUAAAGAAACUUGUCUUCAGCAUGCAGCCAGAUAUCUAGCAAAUCAGGAGUGGGUAAAAAAUGAUUCUCUUAAAACUGUGGAAAAUACAGCUAUACCUAUUAUCAUGCUUGUGGUGGAAGUUCCCCCUGAUCUCACUACCUCUGCUGCCCCUAAUCUACAAACAUCAAAAGAGGAGCCAACUCCUAUGCCAGGUGGACAAGGAAGUCAUAUUCAGACCGAAAUGGGUGGUUUAGAGAACUCUGCUUCACCAAAGUGUGCACAGAUAAAUUAUGAUAAUAGCAAGGAUUCAAAGUCAGUUCGCAUUGACAUCAGUUUCAAGUCUCCAUCGCAUACAGGACUCCAAACCACAGAGCUGGUUAAAGAGUUAACUGAGCAAUUUCCUGCAGCUACACCCCUUGCUUUGGUGCUAAAACAGUUUUUGGCUGAUCGUAGCCUGGAUCAGUCCUACUCUGGUGGCUUAAGUUCAUAUUGUUUGGUGUUACUGAUCACACGGUUUCUUCAGCAUGAGCAUCAUCUUGGUCGCCCUAUCAAUCAAAACUUCGGAAGCCUGUUGAUGGAUUUUCUUUACUUCUUUGGGAAUGUGUUUGAUCCACGUCAAAUGCGUAUUUCAGUACAAGGAAGUGGAGUGUAUAUAAAUAGGGAAAGAGGAUAUAGACUGUAUCAGUUACACCCUGUUGUUUUAUACGCUGCAACCUUUGUAUGA